CGGUACUUUCCCGCGUAUGGAAAGAAACCUGAACAACUUCUUUUGGAUUUUGAAGACAACGGGUUGUUUUGUUGUAUUUAAUAUGGUUUUUAAGUGUCAGGCAGACAGUUAUUUGAAACAGUAUGAGAGUAAAGUCGUCGCGUGUACUAAAGUAGAAUGUAAAGUUGAAAAUGAGAUUGGGAAACUGGUAAAAACCAAAGGGUAUGAAGUGGAAUUAGAAGAUACAAUUCUGUUUCCAGAGGGUGGAGGUCAGCCUGAUGACAGAGGUACAAUUAAUGACGUACCUGUUAAAAGAGUUACAAGGAAAGGUUCCAAAGCACUUCAUUUUGUAACAUCGGAACUUAGUGUUGGAGACACUGUAUCUAUGGAGGUAGACUGGAAAAGAAGAUUUGACCAUAUGCAACAGCAUAGUGGCCAGCAUUUGAUCACAGCAAUUGCAGAUACGAUGUUUGGGUUUAAAACAACUUCAUGGGAUUUAGGAAAGAGUAUAAGCUUUAUUGAACUCGAUACCCCAGCUGUAACAGCUGACCAGUUAUUUCAAAUUGAAUGCUGUGCAAAUAAAUCCAUUAGAGAAGGGGUGGAUGUGAUCGUACAUGUUACUCAAGUUGGUUCACCAAUAUUGCAAUCUGUAAGAGCAAGAGGGCUUCCUGAUGACCAUGUAGGUGAUGUUAGGAUUGUUGAAAUGAAAGGUAUAGAUACAAACAUGUGCUGUGGGACCCAUGUUUCAAACCUUUCACACUUGCAAUGCAUUAAGUUGUUAUCGGCUGAGAAGGGUAAAAAGGGAAAAACAAAUUUAUGUUUUCUCACUGGUGACCGGAUCUUGGAUUAUGCAGGGAAAUGCUAUGCUAAUGAAAAAGAACUAACAAAGCAACUGAAGUGUGGACCAGAACAACAUGUCGAAGCUGUGGAAAGGUCAAUGAAACAACUAAGAGUUGCACAGAAGAAUUGUACGACUUUACUUCGAGAUGUGGCAGUGCUAGAAGCUGCAAUAUUUACAAAAAAAUUCGAUGCAGGCUCAACCAAGUUAUUGUCAAUGCAUAGAAAGGAAGGCAAUGUGGAAUUUAUGAACAUUAUUUCAAAUGAAGUCAGUGAUCAGGCCUUUUUGUUCCUAACUGUGGGUGACGAGAAAGGUGAAGGAAUGUUUUUAAUUUCUGGUCCUGGAAACUUUAUAAAAGAAUGUGGAACAACAUUGAUUGAAACAAUUGUUGGCAAAGGACAGAUGAAAGAGUUCAAAAUGCAAGGGAAAGCCCAAAAGCUACAAAACAGAGAAAAAGCUCUUGCUGUGGUGCAGGAAUAUAUUAAUAAACUUUAAUUCAUUUUUUUGUGCUUUCUGAAUAUAUCCAUCUAUUGCCAUAUAUGAAUUGUGUCUAAAAUCAUGUUAUACGCUAAGUUCCUUCCUUUAAGUAUCAAUUUCAUGUUUUCCUUUACUUUGUGUUUAUUUUAUAAUCCAUAAAAACUAUAACAGGUGCCUCUGAAA